CAAGGGAAAACAUCUCUGGAUGUUGCUGCACGAGGCAAUCACAUCAACUUGGCAGACAUGAUUAUCAAAGCCGAUCGGUUUUACAAACAGGAAAAGGACAACCUGAACCGUGACUCCAACUCAUGGCGGGCAAAGCACUUGACCUUUAAGCAAGAUCACAGGCUGGAAACACAGCACAUUCGCUCAGUCAUGUGGAGAUUAGCCACUAAGUACCUCAGACCUGGGGAGUGGAAGAAGCUGGCACAUUACUGGAAAUUCACGGAUGCCCAUGUUAGGGCCAUUGAGCAACAGUGGACAGGCACUAAAAGCUACAGAGAACAUGGCCACAGAAUGUUGCUGAUCUGGCUCCACGGUGUGAUCAUGGCAGGAGAAAAUCCAAUCAAGGGACUGUACGAAGGCCUUGUGGGAAUUGGGAGAAGAGAUUUGGCAGAAAGCAUCCGGAAAAAAGCAAAUGCAGACUCCACCUCCCCACGGAAGUGCACAGCAAUGUAA